AUGAUGGACGACGACGCAAGCUUCGUGGGCUACAAUACAUGGGCGGUCGAGGCGCUGGACGUCGCGCUCAACGCGGACCUUGUCUACGAGGAGUCGUCGGGCGGCGAUCGCGGUGUCUUUGUCUCGGAGGCCAUCAAGGCGCACACGGCGAUCCUCUCGAUUCCGUUCGAGAGCCUCCUCAAUCUGUACAGCAUCGCGGCCUCGCCGCUGGCCGAGAUCCCGCACCUCCACGAGCGCGAGGACGACUGCCUCGCGUGGUUCCUCCUCUACGAGACGCACCUCAACAAGGCGAGCAAGUGGAUGCGCCACAUCGCCGUAUUGCCGCGCACCUUCCACAACAUCUUGUACCUCUCGGACGCCGACAUUGAGCGCCUCGAGGGCAGCAACGUGUACUACGUCGCGCGCCACUUGCAGUCGCAGGUCGCGGCCGACUUUGACGAGCUCACGACCACGAUCUUGCCCGAGACGCUCCGCGCGCUCGCGGCCGACCAUUCCGCCGACGCGAUCCUCGCGGCCUUUACGCUCGAGAACUACAAGUGGGCCCUCUCGGUGAUCUGGAGUCGGUUCGUCUCGGUGGCCACGUCGACCGACUCGAUGGUCAAGUGCAUGGUGCCGGUCUUUGACAUGUUCAACCACGACCCGAGCGCGCAGAUGGCGCAUGGCUUUGACCCGCGCACCAACUCGUUCGUGCUGCAGUCGCACCAGUACUGGGCGCCGGGGGGGCAGGUCUUUAUCAACUAUGGCGCGCUUCCAAACCACAAGCUCUUGACGCUCUACGGCUUUGUGCUCGAGAAGAACGCGUACGACACUGUCGAGCUCUGGGCGCCCAUGAGCCAAGACGCGCCGUAUUACGACCGCAAGAUGGCCUUCAUCACGGCCCACGGCCUCGGGCACCACGCGCGCGUCCCGUUUGACUUGACGACGCUGGGCGUCAACGAAGAGCUCCUCGCGUACCUGCGCAUCCAGCGCAUGGAGGUCGACGAGCUCUCGUCGUUUGAAGGCUCGACUUUUGCGUACAAGGCGCUGAGCAACGAGAACGAAAAGAGCACGCUGACGGCGCUCAUUUUUGCGCUGCAGUCGAUGCGCGACCGGUUUCCCACGAGCAUCGAAGAAGACGAUAUGCUGAUGAAGACGCUCUCGGCGUCCGAGGCCGACGCACACACGCGUAUGGUGGUGCUUCUCCGCCGCUCGGACAAGGCGAUUUUGACGCAACACAUCGACUGGCUCCAGGAAAAGUUAAUACCCGUGCUCGCGUCCAUGACGGCCAGCGCCCAAGACUAG